GGUAAUUUAUUAUAAUUAUAUCAUCACAUCAGCCCUCUCGAAGCAGAGAGAACGUAAAUGGAAGCGGCGAUUGGGAAAUUCUUCGAGUCGGUGGGCAAUUUCUUCAGCGGUGGCGAUGAGAUUCCUUGGUGCGAUGGCGACAUCGUCUCUGGUUGUGAGCGGGAGGUUGCUGAAGCUGAGAAAGGAUCCUCUGAUGAACUUAAGAGUGAAUGUAUCAUGAGGUUAUCAUGGGCUCUUGUUCACUCAAAACGACCAGAAGAUGUGCAGCGUGGCAUUGCUAUGCUUGAAGCUUCUCUGGUUGGCAUUAGCAGCCCACUGCAAAUGAGAGAGAGGCUCUAUCUCCUGGCUAUUGGUUAUUACAGAAGUGGGGACUAUUCAAGGAGCAGGCAGCUUGUUGACCGAUGUUUGGAGAUUGCACCUGAUUGGAGGCAGGCCCUGAGCCUAAAGAAAGCUAUUGAAGAUCGGAUUACAAAAGAUGGAGUAAUAGGAAUAGGCAUUGCUGCAACUGCUGUAGGACUGUUGGCUGGUGGGAUUGCUGCGGCAAUGUCUCGUAGGAAUUGACCCAAUGGUGUAUUUGACUAAUGUGAAUAACAAAAUAUGUCAGAGUUCCACUCCUUUGUCCCCAUACCUACCUUGGUUUUUCUUUCAAGCUUCUUGGCUGGGCAUCCUAUUUUGGCUUAUGUUGAUACCAUACAUAAAAUCAACAGUUUAGUUAAUGUUGAUGUAUAGAAUGAAUUGUCAGAAACGCAUCUUUCCUUAUGAGGGUUGUGCUGAGUUUUUAUUCUGUAUUUUUCUUGAGUUUACUUGAUUGAAUAUGUCUUGAAAUGCUCCCGAGUUAUUCUAUAGAAUGCCUUCCUUUCCAUUCA